AUACACCCCUCUUCACUCCACCCCUCCCUCCUUUGUGAUUGAAGAUGAGCGGUCUGCACCCGCAAGGCGGUGCUCUUGUUUAACAUGGGUGUCCAUUUCUCAUCUUAUUCCGUAAAUCACGAUUUGAGCCAUCCAGGUUUUCUUUUGAGAUCAAUGUAAAUCCGAUUACUUUUGUUAUGGAGGUGGUGUACGGGCAAAUUCGAUUGAGUGUGCGAUCAUUUGACAGGGGUGUGAUUUUUCCGCGGAUUUCCGCGGAUCGGCUUGUCCCGGGGGUCAUUUCUGUGAUUCGCGUAAAUUCGUAAAAAAAAAAUUGGGGGGUGGGGGGGGGGGUACACCCCAUUCUGCAUGCGUAUUACAUUAGCGGCCCGAAAAAUCCGCAUAUUACACUUAGCAUCUGCCUAAGCAUUUUUGAAACGAGCGAUGUCAUUGGCUUCCCAAUCUUCCAAUUAAAAUCGGUCUUUUAAAAUGUGUUGGUAUUUCUUUGCCGAGCCAUGUAUUGCAAAUGGCGCAUUUGUGAAGCGAAAAACAGAAAAUGCAGAUCAUCGAAAGAACAAACAACUCUCACAAAAUCUUGGAGAUUGACAAAUUAGUGAAAAACAAAUUUAAAUGGGAAUGGUUAGAAACAACAGUGGAUGUAAAUAAGAAAGCAAUACCACUCUCUGAAUGGAUAAGGAAGAUCGACUGUCCUGGUAAGGCAAAGUGCAUUCCAUGUGAAAAAAUCGUGAACUACGGAUCCCAUGGUAAAGUGUCCUUAGUUGAACACUGUAACAGUGUUGACCAUAUUUCUAAGGUUAAGACAUUGAGCUCAAACGAAAGAUUGCCAUCAUCGUUCACAGGGGUCGGGAAUAAAAACGACGCACAUUACGGUAUUCAUCCCAUGUUUGUUAGCAAAAUCCAGACCACUACUUCGUCAGAAUCAACCACGAAACCAGUAACAUCUUUUGAGGACAGAACAGCUCAAGCUCAGGCUUUGAUUCUGGGAGUAGUUGCUGAGCACUCUUUGCCCAUGACAAUGGUUCCAGUCCUUAUUGACUUGGCACAGAAGUUGUCAAAAGACAAGAAGGUGUUGGAUGGGUUAUCCAUGGAUCGCACUUCAGCCUCCUAUAAGAUGACAUAUGGGCUGAAAAGAACCUUUCACACUCAGACAUUGCAGAGUAUUCGUGAGCAACCAUUCUCAUUGAACAUUGACGAGGCAACAAGCAACAACAACAAGAAAGUUCUCUCAGUGCUUGUAAGUUACUUUUCUAAGACUGAAGGUCGGGUUGUUGUUGAGCACCUGGCUGCAUUAGAACUUGAAAAUUGCAAAACCAGCACAAUCUUUGAAGCGCUGUGCGAUCUUUUUGAACUUAACCAAAUACCAUGGACUAACUUGGUGUCAAUCCUCAUGGACUCAUGUGCAGUAAUGCGAGGAAGCAAAAAUGGACUGGAGCGUCGCAUAAGGGAGGAAAAGGCUCCAAACCUUCUGGAUAUUGAUGGGGAUGUUUGUCACCAUAUUCACAAUGGGACUAAAAAAUUCUGCGCACCAUUUGAUUCCUGGGUUGAGGAUUUGUUCUCAGCAUUAUGCAUAGACCACAAGUACUGUGUCUGCAACCUUCUUGGCAUAAAAUUUACAGCUCCAGAACGUUUCCUAAGUCAUCGUUGGCUUUCAGCCUAUGAUUUGGCUGUGAGCACAUUGCGGAUGUGGAGUGCCUAUCAGGUAUUUUACUAUGCCUUUAUCGACAAGGCGUUCAAAGCAGACUACUGGCCAGUAGUGAAGGCCAUCCUUGUUGCCUGCAAAGUUAGCCAACCAGCAAAGGAGCGGAUAAAAGCCAUUAUUGCAGAAGUUGGUGCUAAAAAAAUGACCGCUGAUGGGCAGAAGAGGAAAAAGGAAAUUGUUGAAAAGGUGAUGUUCCAGGAGAGGAAGACCCUUCUGAUCCUGAACUUCUAUGCAUCUGUACUGCCCAUCAUGAAGCGAUAUGUUGUGCUGUUCCAAUCCAAGGAGCCACUGGUUCAUCGCCUGAAUGACGAACAAGUUGAUGUGUUCAGAGAGUUCUUGUCAUGUUUUGUAAAACAAGAACACAUUGUUAACAAGAACGGAAAACAGUUGAAAAACAUGGACUUGUCUGAAGACACUGGACUGUACUUGAGUGCAGAUGACAUGUUUGUUGGAUCAAAGGCGAAGCAAAUCAUGAAGGGAGAAACCAAAAUGGACAGCGUGUCAGAAAACUUCAAGAAGUUGGCAAUUACUUCAUACAUGGCUACUGGUGUGUACUUACAACAGAAGCUUCCAUUAGACAACCCUGUUCUGAGAAGACUGUCUGCACUAGAUCCGUUGGCACAUGGACACAGUGCAACCCUGAAAGCACUGAAACAACUGCCCUCCUUACUCCCCAACAGGCUGAACCAAGAGGAGACUGAUAGUUAUGAGGAUGAAGUGCACAGAUUUCAGGUUGACCAGCAACUGCCAGAUCCAGAACAAAGACUGGAUGAGUGGUGGGGAAAUGUGUUUGUGGCAGGAAAGUACCCAGCUCUCAGCAAGGUUGCACUUCUUGCAUGUACUGUGUUCCAUGGGCCAAUGGUGGAGUCCUCUUUCAAUACAAUGGGGGACAUCAUAGGUGUUAAGUCAGCAAGUGUAACUGUGGAAACAUAUGCCUCAAUUCAAACAGUUAAGUACUUUCUGAAGGCAAGAAACACUACAGCUCUGUCAUAUUUUGACAGAGUAGAUGUCCUAUACAGCCCAGUCAAUCAUAUUUUGGCUGUAAACAUGAAGACAACAAGUGCAUCAUACAGGGCUUCACUGAAAGCCAAGAGAGAAGAAACUGAUGAAAACAAUCGUUUGCUGUACAGAAAGACUCCCAAGCCUCUCAGUAAAGUCCAGACACUGCUGAAUAUGAGAUCACAGGCUCAGCAAGAAUGGCAAUCCCAUGAAGAUCAACAGAAAAAGCAGGCUCACAAAAGACUUCUUAAAGAUCUGGCUUUUAAAAAAAGGAUCCAGUGAAUAAGUAAAGUUUGUGGAUGUUAUAUAAGUGUCUGAACAACAUUAAGUAGUAUAAAAGAGAGGCUAAAAAAUACUGCUUAAAGAUCUUGCUAUAAAAAUACAGUGAAUAAGUCAAGUUUGUGGAUAUUAAAAAAGUGUAUGAACAACAUUUAUUAGUAUUUCAGCACAUAUUUAAAUUUUUAGCUCAUUAUAUUCUAAAAUUGUGUAAGGUAUUUUGUAACAGAUUUUUGACAGAGAACUCAUGUUUUAGGUUGAUGCCAAGCCCAUUUAGAGCCAGGAGUUUUGAUGGUGUAUGUCUUUGAUUAAACAUGUAUUUGUGCAAACAAACAAAGGUUAAACAUUCUAUUCAUUUUAGUAAUGUCAGUUUAAAAAAUGUUUUACAUGUUAUUAAACAUGUUCUAGUCUUAUUUAGGUCAGCAAUUGUUUAAUUUAUAUAUCUGUUGUUGUUUUUUAAUUUAUUUGUGCAAUUAAACAAAGAUUGAACAUUCUAGUCAUUUUUGUAAUGUCAUUAAAAAAAAAAAAAAUCAGAUGUUAUUAACAUGUUCUAGUCUUUUAGUCAGCAAUAGUUUAAUUUAUAUAUCUGUUUGUUUAAUGUAUUUGUGCAAUAAAACACUGGUUGAAUAUUUUAGUCAUGUUUGUAAUGUCAGUUUAAAAAAUAUUUCAGAUGUUAUUAAAAAUGUUUUAGUCUUUUUCUGUUAGCAAUUUUUUAAUUAAUGUAAAAUUAAUGUGCUAGCAAUAUAUCGUUAAAUGUCAAUGGAUUGGUAUGAUAAGCAGCAUGUUGUGUACCUUUUUCCAUGAAUGCCUAUUGUGAAGCACAUGUUGUGUUUGAUCUCAAAUAAUACUGUUUUCAUUGUACUUUGCAUCCUCAGUAUGUUAAAUGUGAAGUUUAAAAAGUUUUCAUAAAUAAAUCUUGUUAUAAAGUUAAAGGUGGUCAUUUACUUGUUUGUUAUAAGGUUUAUCAUUGUGUUAUUCAUGAAUUGAAAAAUUAAAAAAAACAACAGAAGUACCUUUUCAAGCCAAAAAAGGGCUAAUUUCAGAAAAAAAAUAGUCUUAAUUUUGCUCAGGAAAUAGCCCCAAAACGCACCACAGACGAUCUAGAAACCAAACAUUUUACGGGGGGCAUGCCCCCGUACCCCCCUAGAUCUGGUUUCACUCUCACCCUAGUAACAAUAAGUCGACAGAAUUUUCCUCCCCUCGGACUUCACCUCAAUCACACCCCUGUUUGAGAAUGAAAAUGCAACUAAAAAGACUAAAAAAAGAACAAUAAGUUAGGCUUGAGUAAGGGGGCUAUUUCCAAGUUCGUAACAUGGGGCUUCAGAAUCCCAGCCUAAUUUUUCUGAUUUCAAAUUUGGGACAAUUAACACCCUUGUGUUAAGCAUGAGAUGGAACUUCAUCAGAUGGUGACAAAGUUGGGCCUGUUACCAGGUAACAGCAAGUUUCCUGAAAAGUCGCAAAACCCUUAUUGGCCACAAGGUCAUAUAUCAAUGCAACUGCGUCAUUCUAAACUUGGACUAAUGCCUUAUGCUACCAGUGUAUCUACAAACCAGCCUGCCCAGUCUGAGCAGAAGCUACCCUCUCCACUAUGAAGUCAUACAAUGUUGUGUGGUCUACCCUCUCCGCUAUGAAGUCAUACAAUGUUGUGUGGUCUCUUUUGUGGUUAAGGUAGCUUCAGACCAGACUGCAUGAAUGUGCUGGCUGGGUUUGAGCUUCACUAGCAGAAUGGUAACGUAAGACCCAUUUUUGCAUGAUGUGUGUGAAUGUUAGUAAAAGUGACCCAUAUUGAUUUACCGCUUAGCCUUGUUUUGAUGAACCUUGUUAAGAAAAUUUUGUCUAAUCCUAUCUCAGCUUAGUUAAAAAAUAAAAAUGGGCAUAAAAAUAAAAGAUUUAUGUUUCAUAUAGUACUUUCAUUUUUUAAAUUUUGUCAGAAAACUUUAGUUCCUUAGGGUCUCAGGUGAGCUCCAAGGGGCCCAU